AUGGCAUGGCUUGUAAUUGCUCUUUCGCUGAUUGUUAUCUGGGUGGCUUCUAUAUGCAAAAUCUUCUUUGGAGCAGCAUCUGGUUCCAAAGCUGCAAUUCUUGAUGAUGGCAACAAAAAUGUGUUGUUCAUCAUUGCACAUCCUGAUGAUGAGUCAAUGUUCUUUUCUCCAACAAUAAACUACUUAACUUCCAAUGGCUAUAACCUUCACAUAUUGUGCUUGUCCACUGGUAACGCCGAUGGUAUGGGAAGUAUUAGGAAAGAUGAGCUGCAUCAGGCUUGCGCAGUGCUCAGGAUUCCUCUUCAACAGUUAAAGAUUCUGGACCAUCCAAAUUUACAGGAUGGUUUUGGGCAAGUUUGGAGCCAUGAUUUGUUAACGGAAAUCAUCGAUGAAGAAGUCACUAAACAUGAUAUUCACACGAUCAUAACAUUCGAUAACUAUGGUGUUUCGGGUCAUUGCAAUCACCGUGAUGUGCACCGUGGAGUAUUAAAGUUCUUACAGAUUAAUUCAGAAAGAAAUAUCAAAGCUUGGGAACUCGUAAGCCUUAAUAUCUUUCGCAAGUACUUUGGACCUAUCGACAUUUGGGUGUCAAUUUUUUCCGCCAGAAAUCAUCACAGCAAGCUAAUCAUCAUUAAUGAGCAACCUUGGAAAAGCUUUGAAGCAAUGGCACAACAUUUCAGCCAAUGGGUUUGGUUCCGAAAGCUUUUUGUUUUGUUUUCAAGCUAUACAUACGCGAAUACACUUAAUGGAAUCAACCCUUGAGCUGGUUAAGAGUUGUUGACUGCCCUUAUUCAACCAGCAAUAAGUUCUUGUCGAGGCAAAGUUGAAACAAACAAUUUUGAGCAAAAUUGGUAGCUUGUAAAAUGUUGGAUUUAAGUAUGUUCAUUGAUUUGGCAUUUUCUCACAAAAUUUUGCGAAUUCGAAGCAUACUUUUUUUUUCUUUCCUUUAGAAUAAAAAAUAAUGUACACACAUUUUAUUUGAGGGUAAAUUAUAAUCUUCCCAAAAGUAAA